AUGAAGGAUCCGAGGCCACGCGGGUCUACCCCGCACCAGGAAGGCUUUUUUGAGGCUCGUGAAGAAGCUUACAAAUUUAUUAUUGGGGUGUCAGGAUCACUGUCGGUGCUUUCCUUGUUGACUAUAUGCCUCGUAGUCCCAUCUAUGUACAAUUUUGUCGACAACAUUGGACAUUUUGGCAAACUUGAUUUUGCCUAUUGCGAGAGCGCCGUUACCGAUAUGGAGCAGGAGAUGAUCUCAGUUCGAGAAGCAUUCCGUCACAGCAACGGAAGUAGGUCAGCUCGUGCUGCUGGCUAUGGACACGCAUACAACCCAUCAAUGCUGGUCUCAGACACCCCUCAAUUCCAAGAGUGUCCAGCUUGCUGCAUUGCCGGUGAGCGGGGUCCCGUUGGAGAUCCUGGUCUUCCCGCUCUGCCUGGUGCACCGGGCCCAGACGGAGCUCCCGGCCGACCUGGUACCACGCCGAACGCAUCUUGCAUACCUGAACGCAUAUUUGAGCCUCCUCCAUGUUUGCCGUGCCCACAAGGGCCUCGAGGACUACCAGGGCAUCCAGGAUUCCCAGGAGACCAUGGUGAUCCCGGAAUUCCAGGGCGACCAGGUGCUGAUGGACUUCCCGGCAAUCAAGGAGAACCUGGCCCCGUCGGACCACCUGGGCCUGUUGGACCCGCAGGGCCACCUGGCGACAAGGGGAGAACUCCGGAAGCACACGUCAUUCCCGGACCACCUGGAGACCCUGGACCCCCUGGGCCAUGGGGACCUCCAGGAAAUGCCGGGAUGCCAGGCGAAGAUGGUUAUCCUGGCACUCCAGGUGAGAAAGGAUGGCCUGGACCGCCAGGAGCUCCAGGUCCUAUGGGACUGCCUGGGCCAGCAGGACCCGGUGGUGAAGAGGGACCAGCAGGUACACCCGGAACGUGUGUCUGCCAGGAUACUGAAGUAGUUAUGGCAGAUGUGAACGGAAAGAUUCCAGCCUCACGUGACGAUCCCUAUGUAAUGGGUGCAGCGAAAGAGGAGGAACAAACAACUACCCCUUCUCUUCAAGAAAUAGCUCCUGCUGUUGGUAUGGCCGUAGAAGAGUCCUACUCUAAUAACGAAAAUGGUGGUUACUACAACCGAAAGUUGAAGAAGAGGGCUCGUCGACUCCGUCAGCACUAG